AUGAACGUUUCCAUCAGAAGUUCUCCAUCCAAACAGCAGCUCGGUUUUCCAUCCAACAGGCGCGGAGGUCAAAACGUUUGGCUGCAAGAUGGUUUCUCACCACCCCACCGCCACCACAUUUGGCAGAAGAGCACAGGCUCUCACAAAAUGAAGCAAGCUAGUUUUUGCAUCAACUCUGCGCGUCCACCUCUGCAACAAACCUCUACUCCAAUGUCCACUCCUCCCACCGCCGAAGCCAAGUGCCAGGAGUGGUUCUGUGCCAUUGUGGAGCAACUUGGCAUCCCAUUUCUUUAUGAUGGAAAUGUGAACGGACGUGCCUACUUGCGCACCACUGGCCUCAUUGAAGGCCUAACAGCCAUCCGUGAGCAGUACCUCCAUUUCAAGCAAAAUGGGCAUGCCCAAAACAAGCAACAAGCUUUGGGCCUCCUGGUUCGCAAGAUCCAAUUCAAUUUUUUUCUCACUCUUGAAGAAACUGGGUACAUUGCUGGAUGCACCCUACACCCAUCUCAUUACUUGAAACACAGUGACAUCGUUACCUUGUAUGGUUAA